AUGGCUGACGGCGAGGGGCUGAGACGGGCACGUCAAGACCAUCCACAUGAAUCCCCAGAGCUGAAGCUGACAGACGGCCACGCACUCUCCCGAUCUGAGGUGGACUCCUGGGGCCCCGGCCGCACUGCAGGGCCCUGUCCACCCGCCGGGGGGAUCCUGGAACCACCACCUACCUCGGACAUAGCACGGACCUCCCCCACUCACAGGUGUAGACGCACCUGCACAGUCACCUCCAUCCCCAGGUGUGUAGACGGCACCUGCAACACCUCAAACCAGGUGUGUAGACGGCACCUGCACAGUCACCUCCAUCCCCAGGUGUGUAGACGGCACCUGCACAGUCACCUCCAUCCCCAGGUGUGUAGACGGCACCUGCACAGUCACCUCCAUCCCCAGGUGUGUAGACGGCACCUGCACAGUCACCUCCAUCCCCAGGUGUGUAGACGGCACCUGCACAGUCACCUCCAUCCCCAGGUGUGUAGACGGCACCUGCAACACCUCCAUCCCCAGGUGUGUAGACGGCACCUGCACAGUCACCUCCAUCCCCAGGUGUGUAGACAGCACCUGCACAGUCACCUCCAUCCCCAGGUGUGUAGACAGCACCUGCACAGUCACCUCCCUCCCCAGGUGUGUAGACGGGACCUGCACAGUCACCUCCAUCCCCAGGUGUGUAGACGGCACCUGCAACACCUCCAUCCCCAGGUGUGUAGACGGCACCUGCACAGUCACCUCCAUCCCCAGGUGUGUAGACGGGGCCUGUACAGUCACCUCCAUCCCCAGGUGUGUAGACAGCACCUGCACAGUCACCUCCAUCCCCAGGUGUGUAGACGGCACCUGCACAGUCACCUCCAUCCCCAGGUGUGUAGACGGCACCUGCACAGUCACCUCCAUCCCCAGGUGUGUAGACGGCACCUGCAACACCUCCAUCCCCAGGUGUGUAGACGGCACCUGCACAGUCACCUCCAUCCCCAGGUGUGUAGACAGCACCUGCACAGUCACCUCCAUCCCCAGGUGUGUAGACAGCACCUGCACAGUCACCUCCCUCCCCAGGUGUGUAGACGGGACCUGCACAGUCACCUCCAUCCCCAGGUGUGUAGACGGCACCUGCAACACCUCCAUCCCCAGGUGUGUAGACGGCACCUGCACAGUCACCUCCAUCCCCAGGUGUGUAGACGGGGCCUGCACAGUCACCUCCAUCCCCAGGUAUGUAGAUGGCACCUGCACAGUCACCUCCAUCCCUCAGCCAUCACUGGAGAGUCAGGCGAGUCUAAGAUCUGCCACCAGGGGGCGCUGUUACAUGUUGGGAACUGGAGCAGGUUCCCAGGGUGGGACUUGCACUCCUCACCCCCUCCAUCUCUCUCUCCCUCUCUCUCUCUCUCUCUCUCUCUCUCUCUCUCUCUCUCUGCUAGGACCACGGUGAGUGUUGGCGCCGUGGCCUCUGAGUGCUGGUAAACUGCCGGAGUUUGGUUCCCUCUCCGGUUUAUACAGCUACGCCAGCAGUGCAGUGUGAAGUUCGCUACUCACACGGAAACCGAACGGCUCAGAGCCUGCGGGGCCGCAAGUCUGGGUUUCCUUCUCAGUGUGCGUGUAGAGUCAGCGCACAGCGCUGCCCGACUGACCUUUGCAGGCUGAAGUCCCGCUCGGUGUCCGACCCGGACCUCAGGUUGACCCGGAGCAGUGGGGGAAGAGCGGCUGGCCGGGAACGUGCUGGCCGGCCCAGCCCUGAGCCCACCGCAGAAGGCCCAGCCCUGCGUCCCCACAGAAGGCUCCCUCCACGUGUCACCUGCUCCUCCGCUCGUGAGCAGUGCGCUCCGACAUGCUUUGCAGUAAGCUGGGGCUCCAAUCAGGCCCCAGUGAGCCGGUCUGUAGCCGGGCCUGAGCCCUGUCCAGGCUGUGACGCCUGGGGCUCAGGUGGGAGAGGCGGGGGAUGAAAUGGGCUAUG